UGUCUAAUUUGGGCGGCUGUGCGGCGCAGCACCGCUGACAGCGCAGCGGUUUCCGCUACAAGGAAAUGAUGGAGAAGGAAAGUUUCUGACGCCUCUCCGCUUUGUUGGGAAUGUCCAGGGGAAAACUGGAGAUCAUUUCACGCCUUUUUUGCGGACUGCUCGUCCUCACAGUAACGCAAGUCUGAAGAAUCUGUAUGGAUUUGGGAUUAAACGGGUCUCCGACACUGAAAUGUCUCAGGAUUGGAAAUGCAGCUCCUCGCCUUUCUGUUGCUUUUUGUUAUCACAAGAGAUAAAACACUGGCCUCGUCGCACCGCCACUGUGGUGGAAAUGUCAGCCUGGACCAAGAGCCCGCUGGUAACGUCAGUCUCACUUUACCUGGACCUUUUACUGACACCAACAGGACCCACUCCAUGAACCACCAGUCUGACAAAACCUUCUCACUAUGUACCUGGACGAUAGAUCUUCCCCUGGGUAGGACGGUACUUUUGAGGGUAGUGCGGUUGGAAAGUGGUUCGAGCAUAUCGGUGCGCUGCGUUCGGAAUGAGGAAGGUCACGAUCAGGUCCUGGAGAGCCCGGGGACGGCUGUGCUCUCCGGCUGCGACAGGAACAAAGCCGCCCUCACUUGGACGGCAGCAGGACACUCCUCAAAUGCAAUUCAGCUGUCCUAUUACGUCCAGGAAGAUGAGAGGAAUUCCUCAGAGGACUACACCAGCCCACAUUCAGACACCGCACGUUGGUCGCAGACAGGAACCAGCUUCACAAGCACAGCUCCUGUUAGUCCAGAGUGGCUGAGAGGGACAGAGGGGGUCAAAGGUCGCCUCUACGAAGGUCUGGAGUGGAGCCCUGGGCUUCAGUCUGUGUCUGGUCCCUCUUCUCGGGACCAGGGGCCGCUGCACCCCACUUCACCCCUGCAGGGACUCACUGUGGCUGGAAGAGCCGAUAGGGAAACUCUCGCGCUUCCUGAGGAAGCGACAAACAAUGGAGCGGAUACAUCUGGAGCUGCUCACCUCACUGAUGGUCCCAUAUCUGCCAGAGAGCAAACACGCCCAUAUUUUCAGCAUACACUCCAUACCGACACAUCAAACACCGCAACCACAGAAACAAACUCGAGCGAUGAGCUCCCUCAAACCCAGAUGGCACUUACAGAAUCAACGGCCGGUAGCUCCACCACCUUUCUUGGCACAUACACAUUCAAAUAUGCAAUCAGUCACACAUCUAAACACGGAGACAAACAUACGCCCACACAGGCUCACCCCGCUCUGUCGAGCUCCAGUCUCCCGCCUCUCACCUCUUCUCCGCCCGAGCUACUUUCCCCGACAACCUGGGAGAGUGGUACCGUCCUAAUCCCAGGUGGCGGAGCUGUUAGUGGGACACCUGGAGAGAAACAACCCCAUUCCUGGAGGAGCCAGAGAAGCACAGACAGACUGAACUCUGAUCUGACCUCCGCCAUCACCUCUGACCCUUUAAAAUCGCCCACCGAACUUCCGCAGGAUGCCUCGAGCAGUGCACGCUCUGAUACUGAACCCACCGAACCAUCGACAUCCUCACAGGCUCCCACCGAGUCUCGUCAGUCAUCCAUCACCCACAUCGCAGAGCUUGACACUGCUGUUAGUACUGUGGCGGCAGGGUCAUUUCAUCCAAACGUAAGUCGGACGGACUCAUUUGAAUCUGCUGCAUCAGAUGUUUCCAGUCAAACUGCUGCGUUUGAGUCCUCUGAUAAAUUUGGCGACGCAGUAAAGCUUCGCACUCCCACUUCUUCCACACAGAGUCGAACAAACUCUCCACAGAGCACAGAGAGCCUCACACACUCUCCUUACACAUCCUCUACAUUCUCACAGACACAAACAACAACGGAAAUUAAACACAGGAAUUUCAUCGAUGCAUACAUGACUGCAACCACUAUUCCCUCCUCGUCUGUCAUCAGCACAGUUGAAGACCGCACUUCAGGUUUCACAGCUUCAUCUUCCACGCCCAGAGCAGCGCUGACAUCGGGAGAUGUCGUCCAGAGCUCGGCUGGCACAGGAGCUACCACUGAAACUUAUACACUGCGUCCCACUUACACAAUCAUACCUGAAAACUCACCCACAAAUUCCCCGACUACGGUUCCUCCUUUGCCAUUCAGUACAUCUCUACACCAAUCAGCACCUUCACACACACUCCAAACACACACUACGGUUCCUGGUAGUUCACACUUCACUCACACACAGAUGUCCUCAUCCUCCUCCAUCACCGAGUCCACCAUGCACGAAGCCUUUGCCGACCACAAACGUGUGCCUACACCCUCGCAAGCAUCAACAAUUAAAUCUCCGCCUUCACGCGCACCUUUGCUGUCUUCCACCGACGUCCCUGCUACACAUAAUCGGCCCCACAGCUACGUCACUACUACGCAUACGUCUCUGCUCUCACUCACAUCUGCAAAGUCGGAUUAUGGACACGGAGAUAGAGAAGUAGAAGUGGAGAAAGAGGAUGAGUCCUGGCAGCGGUUUUCCAGCAGCGCAACCACGCGCGCUCCCACUUCUGGCGCACCACUGCCACAUCCACCCUGGACAACCCCAUAUCCCAGUCAGGAGAACCCUAUUGCUCUCACACCUUCUGCUUUAACCUCGGCACCCACCCGGAGCUCCACAACUAGUCAGACACCCAAGUUUUACAUUGUGCCAGACCAGCCUGCAGCUGUUAGAGUGGAGUUGAUUGAGCUGCUGCUGCAGAUAAUUGUAGAAGAGUCCAGAUCGGCUUUUACUGCUGGCCUGGAAGAAGACACGGCUGCCUGGAUGGAGCCAUACCUAGAGAAAGCCCCGGGGUUUAGCAGGCUGCUGGGAGUCUGGAGCAGUGGCCAUGCAGUGCAGAGUCUGGUUGAGUUUAGAACCAGCGGGGCUCUGCAGUGGCUCAGCGUGACAGGACCCACAUCACUCUUGGAGCGAACAGGACUUGCUCAGGCUGUUCGCGAGGGGAGGGGAUUCAGAUCGUCCAGGAUCACCAACAUCACACUGGGAGGUCUGCAGGGUGAUGUGUGUGACUGGCUACUGCAGUGCCCAGCAGGCUACAAAUGUCUGUCCCAUCCUGGCACGGCAAACUAUAGCUGUUUCUCGGUCUGUCGCUCUGACUACUGCCACAACCACGGCAUCUGUACGCACCAUCCAGGCCAACUUCCAGUUUGCCGCUGCCUUGUAGGAGAGGACUUCUGGUACAUGGGUCAGAGGUGUGACGUGAGGAUGACUCGAGCGCGGCUCGUCGGCGCAUGUCUUGCGAUCUUACUCGUCAUUGUGACAGUCAUCGGCAUUUUGGCCUUUGUGGCAGUGCGACGCUACCGAGCCAUUCUGAUCCAGGCCAAAGUAGAUCAGACUCGCAGCAGUUAUCGCAGGUUCAACCAUUUUGAUGAGCUGUCGGGUCGGUUCUGGCUGCGUUCGUGGGCGGGAUCGGCAGACUCGAUGGACAAUCCUGCGUUUACGCGCUCCGAUGAGUUACUGCACCUGCGGGCGCUCGACCGCCCCUGCUGCUACCACGACGACACGCUGUCCCUGGCCUCCACCUGCCCCAGCCACGGAACACACGUCAAUACAAUCUACCCACACAGCUCUCAGUAUGGUUGGAGGGGAAGUGAAAUGAGUAUGGGGGAUGGUGUGUUGGACUCGGGUAAGGCCAGUGACCUCUCAGUCUGUAGCUGGCCUGUGGAACCCAUUCAGUGGACUCCAUUCCCGCUUCUGCAGCAACUGGCUUCCCACAGGACACCCACAGUGAGGGUUUCAAGGCCACGGUCCUACUGUGAAGGCAUGGAGCUGGUAGACCUGGGGAAGAGCUGGACUGCUUGACACACGUAAAGAAGAAUCAAAUCUGUUCCGACACUGGUAUUUUCAGCUCAUUUUUUGCAUUCUAUGGCUUUUUGUUAAUAAAAAUUGUGAAACAAUAAGUGUAAAUGUGUAAAAGCAUAUGUGUUUUUUGUUAAAUUGUUGCUACAUUUUCCCAUUUGAAUCUGUUUCUGAUGCUCAUACUAAUAGGAUGUAGGAUAAACGGUAAAGACUUAAAAACAAAGAGGUUGUCUAAAAGUCCAUGGCUCAGAAUCCUAUAUAAUUCUUGAAUAAAUGUGAGUCUUACUCAGGAGAUGAUUACAUUUACUCUAUUUUUUGCUUUUUGCAGUUAAACAAAUGUAAGUCCUUGUGCAUUUCAACAUACUGAGCUUUCCAGUCUCAGAGGUAAUCUCUUAGCAAGGAGAGUUUAUU